GAGAUUUUGAAAACUGUUGUAGCAACGAGGAAGGGUUGGCAGAGCAUUUUAUGCGUUUUGCUCAUUUUAGAGAGUCAUUGAAACACAAUUCCUGCAGUGACAAUGUCAGACAUCCACACAACAUCCUUUAGGUAUGACUCCGCAUGCAGUGAGAUGGACAUCAAGCCUCAUCCCUACAUCAUCAAAAUGUUUGAAAAAGAAAAGGAGGAGACCGUCAUCUGGGCUAACCGUGGUGACUUCAAGGAAAACAUGUACCUGUAUCUGGCUGGCAACAACACGCUUCUAACCGACCGCCGGCUAGCAGACCAGGACUGUUUGGCUCUGUACAAGACCCUGGAAAACAACCUAUAUGUUGUUUCCCUUGACCUCCGCUACAACAACAUAACUGAUGAAGGAGCUGAACACCUGGCCAAACUCAUUGAGGGGACAGCAGGUCUCCAUGACCUUAACCUCAUGGGCAAUGAUAUCGGGCCCGAUGGAGCAGAAAACAUAGCUAAAGCCCUGCAGACAAAUGAGACGCUUCAGUCAUUGAGGAUGACUGGGAAUAAAAUUGGCAACAAAGGCGGGAUGUGCUUUGCUCAAGCCCUGCAGGUCAACACGACCUUAGAGGCCCUGGAUGUUGGUGAUACUGACAUGACCAUUGAGAGUGUAAUUGCCAUGGCAACAGUGCUGAACCAGAACAAGACCCUGAAGGCCCUCAACGUCAACAGACCCAUCCUGUUCACCCAUCAGGAGGAGACAACCGUCCACUUCUCCAAAAUGCUUAAAGUAAACCGGAGUCUGGAAGAAUUACAUCUGCAGAAGUAUGACAUGCGAGACUUUGGAGCUACUCGUCUGGCAGAAUGCCUCAUGGAGAACUAUACACUGACAUAUCUCAACCUCAGCUGCAAUAGAAUCACUCGAGAUGGCACCAAAGAGUUGGCCAAAGUUUUGAAAAAAGACACAGCAUUGAAGACGCUUGAUCUUGGUUUUAACAGACUCGAAGAUGAUGGUGCCAUACACCUUGCCGACGCCCUGGCAACCUGCAACAUGACCCUUGAGACACUAGUGAUAGUGAGUAAUAACAUCGCCAGCAAGGGCCUGUGUGCGAUUGCAGACAGUAUGAAGACCAACACCUCCCUGACUAGAGUGUUCAUCUGGGGGAACAAGCUUGAGGAGCCUGCCUGUAUUGCAUUUGCAAAUCUUGUUGAAUCUGGACGCCUGGAUCUUGCAGACACAGACGUUAAGCCUUAUGUUGUCGACGGUGUCACCAAUUUAUGCGAACAGAAUAAUCACAUCCGCAGACACUACUACUAUGCACCAAGCUACGGCGACGACGUGCCGUCAUGGCAACCACUAGGUGUACAUGUACCAAGGUCAAGAGAAAUUACAUUCAAGGUGUGAUGAAACAGGAUGUGAACUGUGAUACAAUAUGGCUAACCACAAACAGUGAGGAAGGUGAAACAUGUGAAAUGAUUCAUUGAUGCAGUCGUACAUACAAGAACCAGACUUUCAAGUUGUGUUUCACUUUGAGAAGAGAAAUAUUCUACCAGGAUCAGGAACAUUUCCUUGUUGACAACCAUCUUUUCUGUCAGUAAAUGGAAGCAUGGCUGCACAACAUUUUUAUAGAUUCAAUAGAAGAAAAAAUACUUUCAAACCUUUUGAAAAAAAAUUAUGGACUGCAAAAACCAUUUAAGGACCACCAUGUCAGCUUGAUAAAUACAUGAUAGCAAUAUGAAAGAACUGGAUUGUCGAUAACCUUUUUUCAGUUGUAUACAAAGUCAAAUUAACUUGUACUAAAAUUUUGUUCGCUUGUCUGACAUCUUUGAGAGGAAUUUAGAAGUUGGAGUACCAAGUAAGGAUAAGAUAUAUGGAUGAACAUCUUUAUUACAAUUAGGAGGGACAUUUUUGAGGGGCAAGCGAUGUACCGAGCAUGGAUAAGAGCCAUAUCUACAAGGUAGUGGUUAUAUUAUACUGAACAACAUUAGAAACGCACCACACUAAAAUGCACCAACGAUGCUCCAAUAUCAUGGGUACAUUUCCGUAUGACGGGAAUAUUUCAUAUUAUAUGGGUGGAGCGUUUUUAAUGUUGUUCAGUAUAUAUGUAGAUUAGGAAGUGGUUACAGUUGGGUGGACAAGUCUGGUAAGUAUACAAUACAGUUGAUCUAAGAUAAAACAUAUCUUCCCCUUGCUUCAUUUGUCUGAUCUGAACACACUCCAACACACACUGAGGUUGAAAACUGGAAAUAUGCCUGUACCCUUCCACUCAUCGCCUCCCUUCAAGGGUCCUGGAUCUGCCUCUGGGAUUUACCACGGUAUCAUUCUACAUUGACCAGUGAUUUGUACCGUACAUGUUAAGUUGCGAGACUAAUGUUACUAUAACUAUAACUGUCCACAACACUGAAGACGAGUAGGUCGUAACAAUAUGUAGCAGAAUAUAACUCCAAUACAACGGAUACAUGAAAACUAUAAAACAGACAUGGCUUCAGAACAUUUGUACAUGUUGUCAAGAAGUGGUAAUUCGUUUCUGCAUCACACCAGUUGCCGAGAUACCUUGCAGGAUUCACACAAUAGGAUUCACAUCAAGUUUGGUCAUGCCUACAGAUACUCCAUUGUCUAAACACAAGUAACUCAGCUGAGCUUUAGAGAGACCACAUGAUGCAUUAUCUCUACAGCUAUUGUUUAUUCUGAUUGUAAAUAACAUGUAAAUGUGAUGAUUCUGUGCCGAAGAUCAGUUGUUUCUGUGUACAAAACCAUGACAUGUAUAUUUUGUAAAUAAAAUCUGUUGUGAAAAUAUUGUAUAU